ACCCGUGCAGGAAGCCGGUCCGGUGCCGCGAGGAUGGCGGCUCAGCGAGUAUUCCCACUUUCCUGUGUGGUGCAGCAGUAUGCCUGGGGGAAGAUGGGUUCCAACAGUGAAGUGGCUCGGCUGCUGGCCAGCAGUGACCCACUGGCCCGGAUCUCAGAGGACAAGCCAUAUGCAGAGCUGUGGAUGGGAACCCACCCCCGGGGAGAUGCCAAGAUUCUUGACAGUCAUAUCUCACAGAAGACCUUAGGCCAGUGGAUCGCUGAGAACCAGGACUGCUUGGGCUCAAAGGUCAAGGACACCUUUCAUGGCAAGCUGCCCUUCCUCUUCAAAGUGCUCUCAGUUGAGACAGCCCUCUCCAUCCAGGCACACCCUAACAAGGAGCUGGCAGAGAAGCUGCAUCUCCAGGCUCCACAGCACUACCCUGAUGCCAACCAUAAGCCAGAAAUCGCCAUUGCCCUCACCUCCUUUCAGGGCUUAUGUGGCUUCCGGCCAGUUGAGGAAAUUGUGACCUUUCUGACAAAGGUCCCUGAGUUCCAGUUCCUAAUUGGAGACAAUGCAACAACACAGCUGAAGCAGAGCGUAAGCCAUGACUCCCAGGCCGUGGCCUCUGCUCUGCAGAGCUGUUUCUCCCACCUGAUGAAGAGCGAGAAGAAGGUGGUGGUAGAGCAGCUCAACUUGUUGGUAAAGCGGAUCUCCCAGCAAGUGGCUGCCGAAAAUAUGGAAGACAUCUGUGGGGAGCUCUUGCUGCAGCUGCACCAGCAGUAUCCAGGUGAUGUCGGAUGUUUUGCCAUCUACUUCCUGAACCUGCUUACCCUGAAGCCGGGGGAAGCCAUGUUUCUGGAGGCCAAUGUGCCCCAUGCCUACCUGAAAGGAGACUGUGUGGAGUGCAUGGCGUGUUCAGACAACACAGUACGUGCUGGCCUGACAUCCAAGUUCAUUGAUGUGCCAACUCUGUGUGAAAUGCUCAGCUAUACCCCCAGCUCCAGCAAGGACAGGCUCUUUUCUCCAAAGUUGAGUCAGGAAGACCCCUACCUUUCUCUCUAUGACCCACCCGUACCAGAUUUCACUGUUAUGAAGAUGGAGGUCCCUGGCUCAGUCACUGAGUAUAAGAUCUUGACACUGGACUCCGCCAGCAUCCUCCUGAUGGUGCAGGGCACAGUGACAGCCAGGACUCCCACAGCCCAGGCAAUAAUCCCCCUGCAGCGUGGUGGGGUGCUCUUCAUUGGGGCCAAUGAGAGUGUCUCACUGGAGCUCACUGUGCCUGAGGACCUGCUGAUAUUCCGUGCUUGCUGUCUGCUGUAGAAGCCAUAGCCAUCCUGGCUCUCCUGCCCAGUCAUCGUGUCCGGGUCAGCCUUACCUCCUUAGGCCCAGCUCAAAUUCCUUCCCUGCUCUGGACUCUAAGUACUUCCUAGAAGAGCUAAUAUAGAGCAAUGACCUCAAAGGUAGUGAAGCCUGAGCAGGCCUAGACUGAACAAUCUUCCUGGGAGGAGGGACCCAUGUGAGGACUAAGGGCCAACAUUCCAUUUGUAGUCUCACCAUUGACCUGACUCAGUGCAGGAGAGAGCAGCUGUUUCACCUACAGUAUUAGACAGGCUGGUGAAAUCUAUGAUUAGCUUAGCACCAGUUACAGCAAAAGAACAGGGUUCUGGCCCUGGGACUGCCAACUUCUUCAGUAGCAGAGGAGUGAAAGGGUAGGCCUGUGGACCAGCAUUGUUCCUUGUUACCCUCUUGCUUUGUCAAGUAAUUAAAGAUCACUUGUGUAAAAAUAAAAAAAUAAAGAUCACCUGUGUUGAGGCUGUGGCGUGAAAGACA